AUCAGGAGAACUGGAUGUUUUUCGCUGGCCACACGCGAAGCGAAGCCGUAACGGACCACGUCCACAUGGGCUCCAAGUCUGCUCCAGCACCUACCCAAGGUCCCACCAGUGCUGGGACUGCAGGGGUACCUCCUGCUACCAGUGUGUCGAGUAACAAACGGCUGCAGCAGACACAAGCCCGGGUGGACGAGGUGGUAGACAUCAUGAGAAUGAAUGUGGACAAGGUACUAGAAAGAGACCAGAAGCUGUCAGAGCUUGACAACCGGGCAGAUGCGUUGCAAGCAGGUGCCUCACAGUUUGAAACCAGUGCAGCCAAACUGAAGAGAAAAUAUUGGUGGAAAAAUUGCAAGAUGGUGAUCAUCCUUGGUGUAGUAUGCGCAAUCAUUCUCAUUAUAAUUAUAAUUUAUUUCUCCACUUGAAAAAGCGAAGAGGGAAGACCUGGCACAACUUUGUUCUUAUCAGCCAACGGUAUCAGUGUUCCUUUGUUGAACGCCGCUUUUUAAUUCCUGG